AUGGCUUCGACCUUCGACACAGAGGCCACUACUGCUCCCCAGCUAACAGUCCCAGUGUCCCAUGCUAUCUCAGUCGAGCAUCCAUGUAUCGUCAAAAAUGUCGAAAAAGCUAUUGACAUGAUAGGUGGUGCGCCUGCCAUAACUCAAGCACUCGAAGAGAAGUCUGUUCGAACAUUUGCUCUCUCUUUCAACCCCCAGGACCCUGCUGCGCGAACUAUCCUUGCGAACAGGAAGGAAGCAAACAAUGUAUUGUUAAAGAUAACAGUACCUAUGCGAACAGGCCGAAAGCGAAAGCGUGGGAGUAAUGAUCCAUGGACAGAAGAUGUUACUGCUCAACCACCCAAGAAGGAUGCUUCCUACCUGGUCCAUGCGAUGCACGACAACCCUGCCUCGUAUAAUGUUACCGCCGUGUCCAACAUCUCUUCCAUGCACAUCUGGCGAAGUAUGCCUGACUUCGUCUUCUCAACCUCGCAGAUUAAAAUUGUCCAAGAUUUGAAAUCAAAGGUUCUCUCCCAGAAUUAUCCUCAGAUCAAGUCUUUUCGACUGCCACGAACAUAUGGUUUACAAGAUACAACCACCUUGCCGCCUGCUGUUUGGUCAAACGCCUUGGUUCCUCACAACUAUACAUAUCGUCAGAAUCCUAGUGUGACAGUCACAAACGACCCACUUACUGGCAAAACUGUCGUCAAAAACACCCAGUCCGCUCCCAAGAUAUACAGCUAUCAAGUGCAAUGGGACACCCCGGAAUACCCCACAACAACAAUGCCGGGUAUCCCACCAAUCGAAGGACAAUCAAAGACCUUUCAAGCCACUGUGGCAGCCCUGGAAACUCUUUUCCAGCAGCGUCCUAUCUGGACGAGACGAGCGUUGCUAAAUUCUCUCGAUUCCGAACUGUCGUCCUUCAAUGUCACCAUCAUGUUACAAUUAAUCCCCAAAUAUGGUGUAUCAAAAGGUCUCGCCCCAAUCGACCCAACGAAGAAGGCAGAAAAACAGACCACUGUUACCUCUACCGCACAGACUGAUGAGCCUCCAGUAGUUCAAGAGACGACGCAAGACAUGGUUGAUGUACUACGGGAGAGAAGAAAACAAGAGUAUCAGACCAUCUAUGCUCGCUAUUGGGCCAGGUCAGACAACAACAGAUCCCACAUUUUCGAUGGCGUGUCGCCUAUCGAGCCUGAUGGAAAAGUCUGGCAGUUGUGCGAUAUUACUGAUCCACAAAUUGCAUCCCUUCGAGACGUUCCAGAUAUACAUGUACGUAAGCAAUGCGAGAACAGAUAUUUUGGCUGGUAUCUAAACGGUACCAACGCCAAGAUCAGAGUAAUGCUGAAAGCAAAGGUAGAUGCAAUGAGGGAAGGCAGCCCACUGGAUCCUGUUUUAUUUGAGGGCUUUGUGAAGUUGCCUGAAAAGGUUGGCUUCUCCGAAUAUGAUCCACAGUCCCUCUUGUCCUACGGAAGUACCACCACAUCAUCACAAGCUACUGCUCCGACAACCCAAGGCCUGGCAGAGACGCACACGGGGGUCGAGGAUCAUGAUUCAAUCCGCCAUGAAUCCCUGUCUGUAUACUUAGGAGAUGAGGCAACCAAGCAGCAACUCGACUGGGCGGCGUUGUAUCGGUCCUUUGCACGUAGUGAACCAGGUACAAAGCCGGUAAUAAGUUAUGCUGCUUUGGGCGUACUACGUAAAAAGAAGCCUAUUGCUACUAAGGCCUCCAAAGCGAAGAAACAAAAAGGAACAAGCACACAAUCAACACAAGACAAUGCUAGCCACGUACCAGACGCCAGCAAUGCAGAAGAGGCAAUCGACGUGGACGCUCAAAUAAUAGAUGGGAUCACUUACGUGGAAGACAUGGAAGUGGAGGACGGACAGGAGGUUCUACCAAGUAUUGAAGUUAAUGGCUUCGAUCUUGAAGUUGAGGACGACUUCGAGCUUGGGCUGGGACCAGAGAUUAAACUCGAGGAGGAAGACGAUGUGUUUUACGGUAAUCAGCGACCUUUUACAGAUGAUAUCGAUCCUAGCCUAGAGAUGACUCAAGCUAGUGACGCUCAGCAACCACAGUUCGAUCAGGUAACACAAUGA